AUGGCAAUUAUUGGAAGUUGUCUCUCUCCAGAUGAGCGAGAUAAUGAAAUGGCAAAAGCGUGGUUUGAUGCAGUAGAGGAAAUGGUUUUCGAUGAUGAUUGGCUUGACGAAGAUUUAGGGGCAGCAACACAUUCUCCAGACGUCACAGGUGAAUCGCAGCGUUUGGAGUCCCUUCAGGCAGCCUAUUUUGUGUGUCUUUAUCAAAAUUGGGAAGGUUCAGAUUCCAGCAAAGCACGGAUCAGGCGACAUCGCUAUAAUACCCUGAUUGCGGUUGCCCGAAGCCUUCAACGGACUUCUGCCACUCACCAAGAUUUCUCACUCUUAAAUGAUGAAAGUAUGUUCGAAUGGGCGAGAUUUAUUGGAAUGGAAACCAAGAUUCGAACACUGUGCUAUAUCUACCUGCUUGAUGGGGCAUUUACCAUCUUCAACAAUACGCCACCCAGGAUAGUGAUUUUCGAAAUGCAAAUGAGCCUCACCAGCCCCGAUGAGACAUUCCAAGCGGUCACUGCAACCGAGUGCUUUUCACUUCUGAAAAAAUGGGUCCCUACUAUUCCCCGUUAUAAUCAGUGCUCUAUAGCCUCAGCCCUGGAGACGCUUUGCAAGCCCGUUCUUGAUAUAGAAGAAAGAAGUCUCUUUACUAAUAUGGGAAUACUCAAUAUGUUCUCCAUGAUUACCGGUAUGGCAACCUCCACUGAUUAUGAUUCGAUGCUUACGCAUGCAUGA